AUGGCACAACACAGGAACCAGCAGCCUCAACCUCUGCAAGUCCCUGUCCCUCUAGGAAUGGUGCCAAUUCCUGGACUACCGGAUAUGCAAGCCCUUCAAUUGCUCUUGGCAGCCUUGGGACUGAAUGUGAUGGCAAUUCUUAGCUUGAUGCAGGGUGGAAUUCCAAUGCACCAUGUACCUCAACAUGCCCCACAGUCUUUACUAGCAGCUCUCCUACCUCCAGCUCCUCGGCUCAAGACCAUUGAGAAGAGACAUGCACCAAUGCAAGAAACCAAGGAAGGACGGCAAAUUAUCUUGAACACAUGGACUGAUCAGUUGAUGCCCACACAAAAAACAAUUUGUGCUGAACUCCAGGACCAUAUCCAUGUUGUGAUUUACAACCUCACUGGGAUCAUUGCCUCUGAUAUUGGGAAGCCAAAGGACUUGGAUGACGAAGAUUCUUCUGAUGACAAGGAUGAGACCUGA